UCUAGCUAGAGAACUGGUCGAAGAAAGGUGUUGUACCUUUGUCGAUCAUCUUUUGUGUUAAGUUUACUAAGUUGGUUUUACUACACAAGUGCAACACAUUGUGAUAUAUUUGUGUAAUUCGUAGGACUAUCGCAAAGUGAAGAAUGUCAGUAGCAAGUGUUCAUCCAAACUCUCAGUACAACCACGGAUUCCAACAGACAGACUUUUACACGGAAACAUCAGUUCUGUCCAUAGAAGAGAUCAGGCUGCAGAUGUAUUCCUGUUUUACGUGUGGAGUCAGCUGGUUGGAGGACCAUGUGUGUCUGGAUUGUGCCGAAUGUGGCGGAUAUUCCCUCCAAAGGCCGUGCCCUCAGUGUGAUGGACAGUGCAACUCGCUGUGGAAAAGAGACAUUACUUUGUCGCAUGCUAGUGGAAAAGCUCGCUGGACGGGAGAAUGCCUUAAAAAGACCUCUGAGUCUGGAACAACACAGGAAAAAGAUUCAUCGAUCUGCAAAAAUCUGUCAAAACUGAAUCUCAAGUCUUAAUGAAGAUUAUAGUUAUAGGAGAAUAUAGCACAACUGUGCAGUACGGAGCUGUGAAUAUGACUUUUAGUGUAGAUAUUUUGUUUCCAACAGUGACCAAAUGUUGCAUCCUCUCUAUUCCUCUUUAGUAAAACUUAAUCCUAACUUGCAAAAUUGUUUGUUAUUUUCAAUAAAGUAAAAUCUUCAACCAAAUUGAGCAGGCUCUAUGAGUUGUAAAAGGAUUAAAAAUAAUCUGGGUCAUUGUGAGUAAAAUGACCUUUUUUACAAAUAGGUAUUCAUUCUUGAAAUUCUCUAAAAAAACUGUAAUAAAUAUUUAACUGUAAUUGUGAAACAUCAAUGUAAAUAUAAAUUUGUAUAUUAGAAAAUAUUUAUAGACCUUACUAUUUAUGUACUUUUAUACCUUUGAGUGUGUUGUUUCACGUAAGAUUAAUGUUGUGAUAGUUUGAAUUUCCACAUUCUCAUAUAAAAGUAUUUUG